UUGUAACUUGCAUUUGUGGAGCUCCCAGCCGGCAGACACCAGCUCUCCUUCCCGCGGGAGAAACCUUGGGAUCCAGCAGUACUGCUUCGCUGUUUUGGGGACAGGCUGGGAGGGCAAGGGGCAUGGGGUGAUCCCCGGCUGCCAUCCUCUCCCCUACAUCCCUUUCUCCUUUUCUCUCUCCCUCCUUUUGCUUGUUUGGGGGCUCGUGCUAACACUCUGCCAGGAGAGAUCUGGGAUCCAGACAUCUGUCGGCUGCAUGGACUGGCUUCUCACCUGCUCACAGCCUUGAGGAAGUUCCCUCUCCAUCCUGGGCACUGAGAGAGGAAAGGCAGCAGGUUGCUUGGACCUACCAAGCCCUGGCCUGUGAAGGGUGGACAGGGGGACAACAAGCUUCACUUUUAUUUUUCCUGAAGAUUUGGGGUCACACAGAGACCAUGAAUGGAUCCUUUUUCAACCAGACUCUCCUGGAGCAGGCAGCUGACCCCAACAGGACUCAGAGCUUGGGGAUGCUUAUGGCCUGCUGCAAUGGGACCAGCACAGUGCUGGCGACUGAUGGCAGCUCCUUGGUCCUGGCACCCGAUGAGAGGAGCCUUUUCAUCACAAGGGUGGUGCAGAUUGCUGUCCUCUGUGUCCUCUCCUUGACUGUGAUGUUUGGCAUCUUCUUUUUGGGCUGCAACUUGCUCAUCAAGUCGGAGAGCAUGAUUAACUUUCUGGUGAAAGACCGAAGACCUUCUAAGGACGUGGGCGCUGCAAUCAUGGGACUUUACUGAAGCCACCGGGCUCCUGUAGGCAAGUGAAUUGUCUGGACCUGGUGUUGAGAUGCACAUUCCCAUGUGUUUGGGGCAACUGGAGGGAGUGAGAAGGGGGGGAGGGGUCUUUUAGUCCGUCUGUGUCCAUGGGAAAGCAAACCUGUUCUUCCCAGUCAACAAAAUGUGGUGGCGAAUGGGAAAACCACCCCAGAGCUGUGUGCAGCACAAUAAAUGACCAGCAUUGUGUUGCACACAGAAAUGGCUUAAGUUUUGCAUGAAACUUGCAGAAACAGUGAUAGUGUGGAGAUCUGGACUCCUUACUGCUGUUACCUUGGAUACCGCUACCUAGGAUUUAGGGCUAAAAAAAUAAAAAGGCAAGUAAGUCAACAAAAAGAAAACAAAAGAACAAACUAAUGGAAGAUCAAAAUACAGGGCACAGACCUUAUCUUUGAGAGGGGCAGGGGAAGAGAAGUGCCAUGUGGGUCAUAAAACAAAGUCUGCAUGCUAAAAAAUGUCAGUCUGUUGUGUUUUGGACCUUGAGCAUGCAUCUUCUGGUAAUUUUGUAACAGGGAAAGCAUGUUGUUCCUCAUUUUCCUGACCUAUUCUGUUGAAUAAACUGGUACUUUCUUCUUUUACGCUAUGGUGGAGGAAGAAAAGGACAUGGAUAACUAUAAACCCCUUCCCACCCCUAAAACAAAAGCAUGCUUGUUUUUGUACACACCAGCCUUUUUUUCCAAGUGCUACAUUGUUACAGUCUUUGAGGUUUUGUAAUUUUUGAAAACUGGUGAACAUUCAGGAAAAAAGCUAACCUGUUUCAAUAGAAUUUUGUGCUGUCUUUAUUAUUUCUCUCUGUGUGUAUAAUUCAGGAAUUUCAAUCCUAGUUCCAUGUAUAAUCAUCUCAUCUUGAAGUGAAGUGUAAUUAGAGGUAUUUCUUUAAA